UUCAGGAAACUACAAGAGAAAUGAAAUUGCUUCUCUGAAGAACUAUCUUAGUUUUCAUAUCUUCUAAACUUAGUUACUCUGGCCAUUAAGAUCUCUGCAAACUUUAUUAAAAUGGGAGGCCAGAGUUACUUCAGGGCUCUGAUUAUUUUCCUUGUAGCAUUAAUUGGAUCAAGCCAUGCUCAAUUGCAACAAGGUUUCUAUGCUAGAAGAUGCCCUAAAGCUGAGCAAAUCGUUCUGAAGUAUGUUCAUGAGCAUAUCCCCCAUGUCCCAUCACUAGCAGCUGCACUCAUAAGACUGCAUUUCCAUGACUGUUUUGUCAGGGGCUGUGAUGCAUCAGUGCUUUUGAACUCAACAAAAACCAAUCUAGCUGAAAAGGACGCUCUCCCAAAUCUUACAGUCAGAGGCUUUGGAUUCAUUGACACAAUAAAGAGCAUUCUUGAAGCAGAAUGUCCUGGGGUAGUCUCUUGUGCUGAUAUAGUAGCUUUGACUGCCAGAGACUCUGUUCAUGCAAUUGGUGGACCUUAUUGGAAUGUUCCAACAGGAAGAAGGGAUGGGUUGAUUUCUAACGCACCUGAUGCUCGUGCCCUUCCUGCUCCAUUUCACAACCUUACCACCCUCAUAACAAUAUUUGCCAAUGUGGGACUUGAUGUAAAUGAUUUGGUCUUGCUUUCUGGUGCUCACACAAUUGGUAUUUCCCAUUGCUCAACAAUUUCAACUAGGUUGUACAAUUUUACUGGAAAGGGUGGACAAGACCCAGAUCUAGACAGUGAAUAUGCAACAAAUCUCAAAACCUUUAAGUGUAAGAACAUCAAUGAUCAAAAGACACUUAUUGAGAUGGACCCUGGAAGUCGCAAUACAUUUGAUCUUGGUUACUACAAACAAGUCCUGAAGAGACGGGGUUUGUUCGAAUCAGAUGCUGCAUUGCUGAAUAGCUCUGUUACAAGGUCUAUUAUCACUCAACAACUCCGGUCAACUCAGAAAUUUUUUCUUGGAUUUGCCAAGUCCAUGGAGAAAAUGGGCAGAAUUAAUGUCUUGACUGGGACUAAAGGAGAGAUCAGGAAGCAUUGUGCACUAGUAAAUAACUGAGCCUUUCUUGAUAAUUAUUCAUCCUCUAUGCAAUUUCUUACAACACAAUUCUUUUGGGUUUUGUUAUUUAUCUUAUGUUAGUGUGGUCUUGAUACAUGAGACUCCACACAAUGUGGUUGGUUUGUGAUUGGUUUGAUGGGAAAUCAUGUUCUUAUGGGAAUAAUAAAGCAGAAGUGAGAGGGAGAGAAAACUGUAAUUGAUGCACAGAUUGUUGGAAAUGUAUUAAUUUUCCUAUGAAUCAAAGAAGUGUUUAUUUAUUUA